AUGAAAGGCCUGGCUGUCAAGGCGCAGUAUCAAUUGGAACUAGACUUGCAUAAAACUCUCCGAGACUUGCCUGCUGCGUUGCACGCUCUUGUAGCUAUCGAAUUGUACAGUGGACUAUUACAACCUUUACCUGAAUUUGCACCUCUGAGUCGAGCUCAGCUGGAACUGGUGGCGCGUGCCUUAGUUCUCGAGAUUUAUUUGCCUGGUGAUAAUAUUUGUGAAACCAAUCGCAUGGGAACUCGACUCCAUAUUUUGAAGCACGGGUGCGCUGAACGUGUAGCACCAGGAACAGGACUUGUGUAUGGAGCUCUCACAGAUGGGGCUUUGUUUGGCGAGUUCGCUUUCUUUAUCCCGGGCGCAAGACGACUCUUUCUAGUUCGUGCAGUACGGAGUUGUCAAGUUCUUCAGCUUCACCGACGAGUCUGGGAUCGUCUUUGGCCCCCUGCCAUACGGGCACAAGUGGAACAGUCGGUACUUGCAGUAAAUUUCUACAUCAAGAACGACUCACCCGUUCCCUCAUUGGGCCCCACACGUCCAUCCAUCGCUUCUACUUCUAGACGCACCAAUGGCAGUGGAGCAACGGCAUUGCUUCCACCUGCAAUACGAACACCGGUAGUCUCAUUCCGCAGGCGGCUCUCGGCUUCAGAUACUUCCCGCAUAUCGGCGAAUGCUGAUACAAUGAAUUCCUAUCGUGACGUACUGGAGUCGUUUCGAAGUACCCGUGAAAACAACGUAGCCCCAAAUGCGUCCGCUGAGUCGUUAUCUCCGCUUGCCAGGCUGUCUGCAGAUACCGAGUUACGCUGGAAAAAACACGAAAAGCGUCUUCGCGCUAUCCAACUAUUCUACGUGACCUGGGGGCAUGUGCGAGACGAUUUACGACGUCUCCGCGAGGCUGAGGGGGGUACACGGAGAGUGACGCAGCGACGGGUUUCAAUAUGCUACAUCACCGCGAAGGCUCGGGCUCCUAUAAAACGGCGACACUCGAUCCAGUCGGAUCCUGUUGAUCAGCGGUCGAAAUUCAUGCUGUCUCCAUCGGAGGUGCGUAUUCUGCAAGAUCGCAUGGGCUCUCUUGAUAACAAGACCCGUCCAGCGUACCCUACAAUGCUAGCUCAGACAGCUACCUCACGGACACGCUCUAUCCGAAUUGCAAAAUCUUUGUGGUCGCGGUGGAAGCGGCAUAUGAGAUCCGAAAAAGUGACUCCGUUUGUCUCGACGACCAAAGCGACUGAGGCACUUGCCGUUCUGAGCUCUCCGUACUCAAUUUGGGCUGCGCCAACUCCUCGAACAGCUCGAAUCGAACAAAAUUCACGCUUCCGUGACGUAUGGGCUUCAAUAAUGCUGAUCGUAACACUCUACUACCUGAUUGCGAUCCCAUUGCAAAUUGGUUUUUUGGAUGGCGUUUUAAAUCAGACCCAGCACGAAUCAAGUGUGAUUGCCUGGUUUACGGCCGAGUAUCUGAUGGCAGACGUUGCAUGUGUGGUCGAUUUUAUUCUGCAUCGCAAUUAUUUCGUGUAUCAAACCAGCAAUGGGGAGUCCGUGACGGAUCCAGAGCGUAUCGCUCGGCAUUAUUGGCACCACGGUUGGUACUUGGUGGAUGUGCUCUCGAUUCUACCAGUGGAGUUGAUCAUGCUAGGGCUUGUAGUGGGUCUCCGUGAAGCGGGUUACGCUCCUCCGCCUGCCACAACGUCUCAGUGGCCACUUCUGUUCUCUCCGCUGGGUGGACUCGUUAAUUGGCACACGUUUGCUUUCUUGCGCAUUAACCGCUUUCUGCGUAUCGUACAUCUUCGACCACUGAGCGAUCGAUUGCAACGCUUCUUGCUGUACGAUAGAAGACUGCGGAGAUUAACUCCUGGCACCUGUUACCUCAUACGGCUCGCUUUCGAUUUUUUACUAGGAACACAUUGGCUUUCGUGCUUGUUCUACGGCGUGUCGUACCUGGUAUACGAUGAAGGAGAGCAAUCCUGGCUCACUACCCCAGAUAUGCUGGCGUUCGGAGAUCGAGUUCGCACUUUGGCUGACAUUCGGGAACUUCCGCUUAUCCAAUCGUACCUGCGCACUUCUCACUUUAGCAUCGGCGCCAUUACGACAGUGUGCUAUGGCGACAUUGUGCCUAUGAACGUCCAUGAGACGUUAGUUACGAUGGCUGUGAUCUUUAUCUCAGUUGGGAUCUUCAGUAUGCUCUCGGGUGGAUUCUACAAAUACUUCGACAUGGAGCUGGGACGACGCGCCGAGUACGAGGGGAAAGUGGCUCAGGUUGGCCUCUACUUGCGCUUCCACCGUUUUCCUAGCGAUACAUGGCGACAGAUGCAAGUUUACUUUGCUCUUUCGUGGCGAGAGAGUCGUGGGCGUCGAGAGCGAGAACUUCUACGAGGUUUACCCCCUUCGGUUCGGCAUGACCUGGCUCAACAUGUCCAUGCUAGUCUACUGAAGAACGUCGCUCUCUUUACGCGUUGCGACCCCGCAUUCGCUCGGGCGAUCGUUGCCGCUCUGCAGCAUGAGUUCUUUGUGCGGAACGACGUUAUUAUCCAGCGAGGUGACAUGGAGCGAAGUUUGUAUAUCGUUGAGAGCGGUAUGGUCCUCAUUUCAGCUGUUCGGAAGCGUCAGAUUCAGUCUGGAACGGAUGGUUUCUGGGUGCAAAAGAGUGUGCGUGCAUCAGCGCGGAUGCCGCUUGGUGGCGCACAUGUCCCCACCGGAACAGUAUCCGACAUCAACAAGCAAACAGAACGCGAGGAGAAGAUCUACAAAGGCCCCUUUGACUACUUUGGAGAGCGCUCGCUGCUUUUUGGAACCCCCCGUAACGCCACGUGCAUGGCAUUGUGUGUCACGAGUUUGUUCGUGCUCACGAGCCCGCGUUUUGAGGCGAUUCUGGACGAAUUCCCACACGAACGCAGCAACAGCGUUAGUGCUUGGGUCAUGACUCGAGUUCCAGCAACAAAAUUGAAAACAGCAGAGUAG